AUGCCGUACCGGCGGACGCCAAGGCAGCUGAUGCCGUACCAGCGGACGCCGUCGCACCUGAUGCCGUACCAGCGGACGCCGUCGCACCGGACGCCGUCGCAGCGGACGCCGUGGCAGCUGAUGCCGUGCCAGCGGACGCCGUCGCAGCAGACGCCGUACCAGCGGACGCCGUCGCAGCGGACGCCGUACCAGCAGACGCCGUCGCAGCGGACGCCGUACCAGCGGACGCCGUCGCAGCGGACGCCGUACCAGCGGACGCCGUCGCAGCGGACGCCGUACCAGCGGACGCUGCAGCGGAUGCCGUACCAUUGGACGCCGCCGCAGCUGAUGCCACUGCAGCUGACACCGUCGCGGCUGAUGCCGUACCAGCGGACGCCGUCGCAGCUGAUGCCGUACCAGCGGACGCCGUCGCAGCUGAUGCCGUACCAGCGGACGCCGUCGCAGCUGAUGCCGUACCAGCGGACGCCGUCGCAGCGGACGCCGUACCAGCGGACGCCGUCGCAGCGGACGCCGUACCAGCGGACGCCGUCGCAGCGGACGCCGUCGCAGCGGACGCCGUACCAGCGGACGCCGUACCAGCGGACGCCGUCGCAGCGGACGCCGUACAAGCGGACGCCGUCGCAGCGGACGCCGUACAAGCGGACGCCGUCGCAGCGGACGCCGUACAAGCGGACGCCGUACCAGCGGACGCCGUCGCAGCGGACGCCGUACCAGCGGACGCCGUCGCAGCGGACGCCGUACCAGUGA